AUGAAGUUCUCUGCCCUUGUUUUGACUUUGACUCUUUCCGGAGCUGCCGCUUUUGCUCCUUCAGCUAGCCGCAUUCCUUCCAAUGUGGCCAUGUUCUCCUCUCCCAUUGAGGCUGCCACCGAAGCCGUCAAUGGAACUCCUGAGGAAAGUAGUGCUGCCGAACCCGCCGUUGCGGAACCAGCUGCCGCCUCUGUCCCCGUUGAUCUUCCAGUUGAUCCCGCUGCUGAGGAAAAGAAGGUCGAAGUCCCAGUUGCUGCUGAAGAACCUAAGGAUGUGAUUAUGCCUGGCCGAUACCCAGAAGGCUGCAUGUCGAUUGCCUUGCCCAUGUUGAAAAGACCCAACAAGUUGGAUGGAACUCACGCCGGAGACUUUGGAUUCGACCCUCUUGGUCUUUCCGAACAAUUCGAUUUGUACACCAUGCAAGAGGCUGAAGUUCGUCACGCCCGUCUAGCCAUGUUGGCCGUUAUCGGAUGGCCCAUGGCCGAACUCCUUGGCCCCAAGUGGUUGUUGCAACCCGGCGGCUGUGCUCCAUCUGUCUUGAACGGAUUCAGCCCCAUCACCUUCAUUGCCACUGUUGCCGUUUUCGGUGGAAUUGGUUACUUGGAAUACAAGACGUCCUUGCGAUCUCAGCUUGUCACCAAGCUCGGCAAGCAGCACCGUUCCGACAUGUCCGAAGUCUGGGACUUGGGUGUCGCCGGAGACUACGACUUUGAUCCUUUGGAAUUGUACAAGUCGGUCGGUGACGACGCCAAGGCUCGCAAGGGAUUGAGAGAAGUUGAAAUUAGCCAUGGACGUUCCGCCAUGUUGGGUAUCACCGCAUUCGCCGCAUGGGAAGCCCUCACUGGACAUGCCAUUGUCGAAAACUCCAUGUUCUUCCACCCCAACCUUCUUCUUCCUGCCUUGGUUGCUGGGUACACUUUCUUCAACGCCGUCUACAAGGUUGAGAACAGCGACCAAUACAUUCUUCAAAUAUCAAAGAGCAGCGAAGGUGAUGCCUUAUUGCAAAACUUGGCUCUGGGCAUGCCAACUGAAAAGGACCGACAAGAAACUGCCGCCAAGAUCUCGGCCGCCAUCGAUGGUGCAAAGGAUUUGGCCAACAAGGCCACCGAGUCUUACAACAAGUUGGCUGAUGGUUAUUUGGAAUACUCCACUGGCAUUGAAAAGAAGGAUGAGUAA